AUGCACCAAUUGAAGGACCUAAUCAUUGCAGUCGAUCAUAAGCCGUUGCUCGGACUCUUUACAAACAGAUCCCUGGAAGACAUACCUAACAACCGAUUGCGGAAUCUUAAAGAACGCACACUGAGGUAUCGUUUCACCAUGCAACAUAUUCCUGGCCUGAAGAAUCGAGUUCCAGAUGCUCUGUCGCGCCAUCCAUCUGGCGACCCGUCUCCGGAACAACUGGUAUUACCUGACGACAUUUCGUUUAUAGCUGCUUCAUCGGCAUUGAAUUCCCUUAAAUCCACAACCUGGGAGGAUGUUCGUCAAGCAACUACAGCCAACGUCGAAAUGCGAGAUCUAGUUCAUACCAUUGAGUCUGGCUUACCUGAACACCAGACGGAGUGGCCCCAGAAAUUGCAGGUAUAUCAUCAAUAUCGCGAUCAAUUGUCCACUGUUGAUGGAGUCGCACUUUACAAGGACAGGGUCAUCAUACCUCCAUGCCUACGGCCUAACAUACUAUCCAGCCUUCAUGCCGCACACCAUGGUGUCACAUCGAUGAACUUGAGGGCCGAAUCUUCCAUCUUCUGGCCAGGUCUAUCUGCAGAUAUCGUAAAGUUACGUCAGGGAUGUCAAAGCUGCGACCGUAUUGCUCCAUCGCAACCAUCAGCUCCGCCGAAGCCUCUGCAAUAUCCUGAUUAUCCGUUUCAGCAAAUCUGUGGCGACUUCUUUCAUUAUGCCGGCCACAACUAUCUUGUCUGCAUUGAUCGAUACUCCAAUUGGCCGAUUGUUGAGGAGGCUAGAAAUGGUGCGAAAGGAUUAAUCGACUGCCUCCGCCGAACAUUUGUAACCUAUGGUAUACCGGACGAAUUCUCCUCGGACGGUGGACCUGAGCUGUGUGCAUCCUCCACGUCCACUUUCCUGCGUAACUGGGGUGUCCACCACCGAAUAUCAUCAGUUGCGUAUCCACACAGCAAUUGUCGAGCUGAAGUUGGUGUGAAAACAGUAAAACGUAUGCUAACGGAUAAUGUUUGUUCUGAUGGGAACCUUGACACAGACGCAUUUCAAAAAGCCAUGCUACAAUAUAGAAACACGCCAAAUCAAACCACCAAGUUAUCACCUGCAAUAUGUUUGUUUGGACGACCCAUCAAGGAUUUCGUACCCAUCUUGCCAGGUAAAUACCUCCCCCACCCUACGUGGGUGAGUGUCCUUGAAGAUCGCGAAAAGGCACUAAGGCGUCGUCAUAUGGCCAUCGCUGAGAGACUGUCUCUGUAUUCUAAGCAGUUGAACCCACUUUGUGUGGGAGAUCAGGUGCGAAUCCAAAAUCAGACUGGUCUCCAUCCUCUUCGAUGGGACAAAACCGGCUCGAUUAUCGAAGUUCGCCCGCAUGACCAAUAUGUGGUUCGAAUUGAUGGAUCAAGACGGGUGACACUACGUAACCGUAAAUUCCUUCGGAAAUUCACACCUGUUCGGCCAAACUUACCAUUGGACCAGCUUACAGCCUCUAGGCCGCCAAUCACCUCUAAAGCUGUGGAACAACCCAUCGAUGACAGCCGCUCCACUCAAGACUUGCCACAGGGAUCUACACCACCCCUCUUAAAUCCGACCGACAACACUCCGCCUCCACAAGCAUCGCAUGAUAGUGACACAUACUUUGGUCCUGACCAGCCAGCUGCUGACAACCGUUUGGAUGUACCGACCGCCUCCUCGUCACCGCCUUAUCCGUCCCCGGUUCGUCGAUCUACAAGAGAACGUCGGCAACCAUCUCGUUUCGAGGACUAUGUUAUGAACUAA